GGUACGUAUGGACUUUCCUCUCAUCGUGCUGUUGGCAUACGCUCAACUCUACUGUUUCGCUUCGGUUUAUUUGCUCGCAGUGAAUAAUAUCGGCUUUCUCCUCGAACUCAUCAAAAGCGACGAAAUAAUAUCAAGAGGCAAAAUUUUCCUCCCGAAGGAUAUCAUACAGGAUUUAAUCAUGGGGCUGAUGAGGAAAUCCGAGCUCUGGGAACGGCUGAAUCUGCAAGACGAGAUCGGCAGGCAAAACUGCGUCAUUGUCGUGAUCUGCGGCAUUUUGUUCUUCUCCGCUUGGUGGCUCGUCAUCGACACAAUCGCUGUUUACCCGAAAGAAACCGACUUUGAUCACAGACUGCAUAUCGUCACCUUUCUGAGCUCUUUGUCGAUGCUGAUGGUGAAUCUGGUGUCGAACGACGACGUGCACGAGGCGACGUCGGUGCACAGUCGACUGACGAGGAAUGCGCUGAGGUUAUUUUUGCUGGCCAGUCUGGUGUUGGGAUUUGGGGCUAUGUCUGCUACGACAUUUUUUGUGGUCCAAUAUUACAUCCUGGAGGCAAGAAAGCCAUCUUGGCCCGGAGUCGCAUUCGGUCUGGAGAACGUCUUCAUUUUAGCGUCUUCCCUGAUGUAUCGUUUCGGCAGACGAGAAGACCCGUGGGACGGCGUUUUCUCCUGAUACUCUCGUAUUUUCAUCGAUUAAGAAAGAGCAUUGAAUUUUAAA